ACAAAACACUAGCCAUAUUUUUGUGAAUCAGUAAACCUACACCGUCUGUAUUUGUUUUAUAUUGUUAAGUAUCGCUUCUGUUCGGCAUAAGAAAGACGGUUACCAGCAAUUGGACCUUUUGAACUCAGCAUACACGGAACCAGAACGUUGCUCUGCUUUCCGUAGCCGUGCUGCUGCUGCUGUUUGCUACUGCUGGAGCUUAAAGAGCACAGGCCAACAAUCCUGUGCCAUCUGUGAGUGCACGCGUGCCUGCGUUCACUAUGUGGUCAUUUUUCUUGCGCGAUUCGUCGAAGGACUUCCCGUAUGAAAUUGGUGAUCCAGUGCAACAGUUCGACACCAAAAGCAUCUGGAGUCUGCACCGUGGCAAGCGAAAAAAUACCAAUGAUGAGGUGUCAGUUUUCACGUAUGACAUCAAAAGUGGUACGGACAUUAAGUUCGAGCUAGCGAAGGCCGCAGUGAAGCGAUUGAAAACACUACGCCACCCGAGCAUCCUACAGUUUCUGGACAGCCUGGAAACGGACAAGGUUUUGUACGUGGCAACCGAACCAGUCGAACCGUUGGGUACACACAUCAAUAAGUUGGCGACCAGUGGUCCCCAGCGGGAUUUGUAUUUGGCUUGGGGUAUCUUUCAAAUCACGCGGGCACUAUCAUUCCUCAACAACGAUGGAAAUUUACGCCAUAACAACGUAUCCGUUUGGUCGGUGUUUGUUAACUCCUCUGGCGAGUGGAAGCUAGGCGGCUUGGAGUAUGUGUCGUCAACGGAGGUGCCGGCAGCUCCGCCAAUCAAAAUUCCGCCGUCGCUUGAAAUAUACGAUCCGCCGGAGAAAAGCGAUUCGAAUAAGUUGAAAUCGGCAACCAAGUGCUCCAGCGAUAUGUGGGGCCUUGGUUGCCUUGUCUGGGAGGCCUUCAAUGGGCCACUCAAAACGAGGGGAAACCUUAAGAACAUCGAGGGUAUACCAAAAUCAUUAGCUCCGUUAUACUGCGAAUUGGUCGGAGCAGCUCCAGCCAGUCGGCCGAAUCCGGCCGACGUCAUAACCAAGUGUCGUAAACCUGGUGGAUUUUUCAAAAAUGAUUUGGUUGAUUCAUUGCUAUUUCUAGAGGAAAUUCAAAUCAAGGAUAAGGCGGAAAAGACCCGAUUUUUCAGCGCCUUAACAGGACAGUUAGAUAAUUUUCCAGACACUGUCUGCAGGCAUAAAAUUUUACCACAAUUAAUAACGGCCUACGAGUACGGAGACGCUGGAUCGGCUGUGCUUGCUCCAAUGUUUAAGUUGGGGCGCCUACUAGAUGAAGUCGAAUAUCAGAAGCGGAUCGUGCCGUGCGUUGUGAAGCUGUUUGCAUCGACGGAUCGUGUAACACGUUCGCGUUUAUUACAACAGCUUGAUCUGUUCAUUUCGCACCUGCAACCGAAUGUAGUGAACGAUCAGAUAUUUCCGCAAAUAGCGCACGGUUUUCUUGAUACCAAUCCGACGAUAAGGGAACAAACAGUUAAAUCCAUCAUUCACCUAGCACCAAAGCUAAACUACAACAAUUUGAACGUCGAAGUGCUGCGCCACUUUGCGCGCUUGCAAUCUCGUGAUGACCAAGGUGGAAUCCGGACAAAUACGACCGUUUGUUUGGGCAAAAUUGCGCCACAUCUGCAUCCGCAGGUUCGACAGCGCGUGCUAGUGUCGGCGUUCAUUAGAGCAAUGCGGGAUCCAUUUCCACCAUCGAGGGUAGCCGGCAUAUUGGCCCUCGCUGCGACACAGCAGUAUUUUCUGCUGAACGAAGUCGCCGUUCGUAUACUACCCGCGUUGUGUCCGCUAACGAUGGACCCGGAAAAGUCGGUGCGCGAUCCCGCCUUCAAGACGAUUCGCGGUUUUCUUGGCAAGCUCGAAAAAGUAUCGGAAGACCCUAGCCUACGGGAGAGUAUGGAGGCCGACGUGCAUACAGCGACACCGUCUUUAGGAAAUGCCGCCGCCACUUGGGCUGGCUGGGCUGUGACGGCCGUAACCGCCAAGUUCUACCGAAGCCAAAGCGACACCGCACGACCGAGGCCGCCACUAACGGGUAAAACAUUGAGUAAACCUGCUUCUUUGGAGCAACCGUCUAGCAGUAGCAUUUCAACUACAACCAGCAGCGUCACGUCGAUGACAUCGCUCGAACAUGAGAGCGCCGAUACGUCGGCUUCCGCCAGCGAUUACGGGCCGGACAACUGGGACCAGGAAAAUUGGGGCGACAUGGACACAUCGCAAGAUCCGAGCAGUCCGAUAGCCGGUACGACUCCACUACUCAAUACUAACCUGAAUAUGGUUGGAAGUGUGAGCGACAUUCGUGACGGCUGGGACAAUGAAGACUGGGGAAGUCUAGAGGAAGACCCGAACGAAACUGCGUUAAACGAGAAAGACGAGGAUGAACUCAAUCAAGCACAGCAAAACCAAGCGCAUACAAUGAGCAUCCCCUUGAUCAGCGCCGGUACGGUCCGUCUUCCACCGUCACGAGCGCCAGCAAUAUCGCCCGCUCGGGGAGGGAGCAGCAGCAGCAACAGUACGACCAACAACACGAUGAACUCGUCGCUCACAGAAAGCACGGUGAAGGCCAGCAGCAACAACAGCAGUAGCAGCAACAGUACCUGCACCAGCACCUAUAUCAGCAACAGCAACAACAACACCAACAACAAUCUAAUGAACCACACCACUAGCAGUCCCAGUAAGAUGAUCGCGCUUAAGAACAUGAACAAUCUACUCAACACAGCAACAACACCACCGCUAACAAAUACCGCUACCAGCUGGACUAAUUGCGGUGCUGCAGUGGACGGCUGGGGCGAAGGUGAUUUCGAGCCCCUGGAAGAACCCAAUCUUGUAGGUAACAUUAAAAUGGACGAAGCUCGAAGAAAACGAGAGGAGAAAAAGAUGCAGCGCCAGCGGGAGCUGGAGGCUAGGCGUGCUGCCCGAGCUGGUGCCGGCGGAGGUCCCCUGAAGUUAGGUGCCAAAAAGAUUUAAUAUCCCCAACCCAGAAGGCAUCCCCCGAAGCAACGGCGCGAAGGUCGG